UAAAAAGUGCUGUAAAGAAAUGAAGGAUAAUACCUAUAUAAUUUGAAACAAAUAAACCGUUUAAACAUUUAAAAAAUGUCGAAGAGAAGUCAACCCAGUUGGAGCCCGCCAGUGAGGUCGGAAGCAAGACCAACUUUAAAGCUUUAUAAUAGUCUUACACGACAAAAAGAAGAGUUUGUAUGUUCCAAUGGUAAUCGAGUCAAUUGGUACAGUUGUGGUCCUACGGUAUAUGAUGCUUCCCAUAUGGGCCAUGCAAGGUCCUAUAUAUCAUUUGAUAUUUUACGACGUGUUCUGGCUGACUAUUUUGGUUAUGAUAUAUUUUUUGUGAUGAACAUAACAGAUAUAGAUGAUAAAAUUAUAAAAAGAGGAAGACAAAAUUAUUUAUAUGAGAAAUAUAUUGGAGAGGAAAAAAGUUUAAACACAAUUGUAGAUGAUGCUACUGCUGUUGUGGAUUAUUAUGAGGAAGUAGUGAAAAAUACUGCUGACGUAGACAAGAAAAAUUGUUUACAAAAAAUUCUAGAUAAUGUUGCAAGAGCAGUUAAAGAAUUAAAAGCAGCUGUAGAAUCGAAUGAUGAAGAAAAAAUUAAUUCUGCUAAGGCUGAAAUGUUAAAAUCUGCUAAAGAUCCAUUAUCAGAAUGGUUAGAUAGCAAAUAUGGUGCGAGUGUCACAGACAAUGCAGUAUUCACUAAACUUUCUAGGUAUUGGGAAAAUGAAUACCAUAAAGACAUGAAGGCGCUAAAUAUCCUACCUCCAGAUGUAUUAACAAGGGUUAGCGAAUAUGUACCACAAAUUAUUGAAUUUAUACAGAAAAUUAUUGAUAACGGUCUAGCUUAUGAAUCAAAAGGAUCAGUGUAUUUUAAUGUUAGUGAAUUUGAUGGUAAAGACAAACAUCAUUAUGCUAGGCUGGUUCCAGAAGCAUAUGGGGAUGCAAAAUCCUUGCAAGAAGGAGAAGGUGAUUUGAGCGAUGAAAGUGCUGAGAAAAAGUCGCCCAAUGACUUUGCUCUAUGGAAGAAGAGUAAAGCCGGAGAACCAUCAUGGGAUUCACCGUGGGGCGCGGGCAGGCCAGGCUGGCAUAUAGAGUGCUCGGCUAUGGCGGGCGAUGUGUGUGGUUCCAAUUUAGAUAUACACACUGGGGGAGUGGAUUUGAAGUUCCCGCAUCAUGAUAAUGAGUUGGCUCAAAGUGAGGCAUAUUUCGACAAGCCAGGAUGGGUGAAUUACUUCCUACACACUGGUCAUCUAACCAUAGCUGGUUGUAAAAUGUCGAAAUCAUUGAAGAACUUCGUGACGAUAUCUGAUGCGUUACGACGUCACACAGCGCGUCAGUUGCGUAUCGCUUUUCUAUUGCACGGCUGGAAGGAUACGCUAGAUUAUUCAGAUAAUACAAUGGAAAUGGCGAUUCAAACUGAAAAAUUGUUUAAUGAAUUCUUCUUGACUGUCAAAGAUGCGUUACGUAGUGGGUAUGAUGAAGGAUGCGGAGGGGAAUGGAGUCCAGAGGAACAACAGCUCUCUAAUAAAAUAGCAACAGUGAAGGAGCAAGUUCAUGCUGCACUUUGUGAUAACAUAGACACUAGAAGUGCCAUAGACGCACUCCGGGAGCUAGUAGGCGCAGUCCAUGUGUACUUACGUCAAACCACACCAAGGAACUCACCACUAUUGGCAUCUGCAGCGAGAUACGUUACAGAUAUACUUCAUAUAUUUGGAGCUAUUGAAGGUCCUAGAGGCCUCAUUGGGUUCCCUGUUGGCGAUGCUAAUAACGUUUGUCUAGAAGAAGCGGUGAUGCCGUACUUAGAAGCGCUGAGCGUGUUCCGCGGGCAAGUGCGCGACGCGGCGCGUACUGCGGCGUGCGGGCCCGUGCUGGCGCUGUGCGACGCGCUGCGGGACUGCGUGCUGCCCGAGCUGGGCGUGCGGCUCGAGGACAAGCCGGAUCGCACAAUUGUGAAACUAGUUAGCAAAGAAGAGCUUGCUCGGGAGCGCGAGGAGAAGAAACGCAUCGAAGCCGAAAAGCAGAAGAAGAAAGAAGAAUUGCUGAAAGCGCAGAAGGCGAAAGAAGAACAGAAGAAAAUACCUCCUGGAGAGAUGUUCAAACGGGAGUCGGACAAAUAUUCGAAGUUUGAUGAUAAGGGUUUACCAACACACGAUCACGAAGGAAAGGAGUUAAGUAAGGGAUUAGUCAAGAAACUGCAGAAAUUACAACAAGCACAAGAGAAGAAAUAUAACGAAUAUCUCGCCUCAAUAAAUAGUUCAUAAACCGUCCUAAAAGGCUCCGAAUUGAUACAACAUUUUUUAAUAUUAAUUAAAAGUAUUAGUUCAUUUUUUGUGUCUACAUAAUAUGUAUAAAAUAUUCUUUUAUUAAUGACUCUAUUUAUAGAAAAAAGUUCAAUUGUUUGGAAGGUCUCAAAUAAUACAUUUAACAAAGUUAAGGCGAUGCGAUGUAAGCACUUGUUCUAUAUUGCGCAAGCAAUCUCAAUUCUCAAUUUCUCAUUUCGUAAUUUUGAGCGUAUUUUAAAUAAUUAUAAAAAUUGGUGGGUCACUUAUUAUUUUAAAUAAUAUUUACAGAUAUUGAAAGAUAACGAAAUGCUAACAUUAAAUAAUGGGAUUGCAGUGUCUGCUUAAUAAGUAACGUUAUCUCAAGAAUUAUUUAAUUAAACUGCAUGUAACGAUUCAAUUUACAUAUUUAUAAUUUAACGUAUUAAUUGGUAUAGUAAAUAUUAAGUUAUCAUAUUAAGCAAAAAAUUCCUAGGAAAUAAGUAAAUAAUUAACUUAAGAUAAAAGUACCUACACAUACAUAAUAAAUUCAACAUCAAUUGCAUUUGUUACAGGGCUCAAUAUUUUAUUGGUUUAAGUUACACCAAUUAUGUGGCAUUUACUUUUAUACUAAGUUAGUAAAAAAAAAACUGCUUUUUGAAUGUUAACUAACCAUGGUCUGAAAUAUUUUAGUUUUUACUUACUUUCUUUCCCCUUUAAAACUUAUUUUAAAUAAAAU